UGCUCCCGUUUCAGGUGCUGCCCUGGCAGCGCUGUGAAUUGUCACACAGGUGUGGCACCUGCAGACUGAUCUGGGACUGCGCUCCGGGCCGGGAUUCUGUGUGCUGGAGAGCCGCGGGGCUGCUGCCGAUCUCUGGAUUCGCUCGGUGGGACGGGUGCGACCGGGAGCGCUGCGGGCACCGGCGGAGCCGCCCCGCCCAUCGCCUGCCCCGCCUCGCGCUCUGAUUGGUCAGUGGCACCCCGUGGGGGCGGUGCCCGAGGUGGCCACGCCCCACACGGGACUACAGCCCCCGCCGUGCCCCGCGUGGCCCCGGUCCCGCCGCCCCCCCCCGCGCCCCGGAGCGGCCGCUGCGCCCCCCCGAAAGCCCCGGUACCCCGGCAUGGCGCGGCCCCCCGUGCCCAGCUCGCAGAAGGCGCUGCUGCUGGAGCUGAAGGGACUGCAGGAGGAGCCCGUGGAAGGGUUCCGGGUCAGGCUGGUGGACGAAGGGGACCUGUACACCUGGGACGUGGCCAUCUUCGGACCCCCGGACACCCACUACGAGGGCGGGUACUUCAAGGCUCGUCUCCGGUUUCCCAUUGACUACCCCUACUCUCCUCCUGCCUUCAGGUUCCUAACCAAAAUGUGGCACCCCAAUAUCUACGAGACAGGUGAUGUCUGCAUCUCCAUCCUCCACCCACCCGUGGAUGACCCGCAGAGUGGGGAGCUGCCAUCGGAGCGCUGGAACCCCACCCAGAACGUGCGAACCAUUCUGCUGAGUGUGAUCUCACUGCUGAAUGAGCCCAACACGUCUUCCCCAGCCAACGUGGACGCCUCUGUGAUGUACCGCAAAUGGAAGGAGAGCAAAGGGAAGGACCGGGAGUACACAGACAUCAUCAGGAAGCAAGUGCUGGGCACCAAGGUGGACGCUGAGCGGGACGGAGUGAAGGUCCCCACCACGCUGGCUGAGUACUGUGUGAAGACCAAGACUCCAGCCCCAGAUGAGGGCUCAGACCUCUUUUAUGAUGACUAUUACGAGGAUGAUGAGAUGGAGGAGGAAGAAGAGAGCUGUUAUGGUGAUGAGGAUGACUCUGGCAAUGAGGAAUCUUGAUGGGCCUCUGGCAUUGCAAAACUUAUUAUAAACUGCUGAAUUUUACCUCAGCUAGAACAAACUGGUUUGAAUUUAGGAUCUGUCAGCCCUGAAAUUAACUCUCUACCUCACAGGGAGACUGUUCUACUGUUGCAAAGGAAAUCCCAUUGCUGUCUUUGUAGGAAAAGAUUAAACCCCCUAUUUUAUAAACUUCGUGGGGGCAAGUAGAGGAGGGAAGUUGUGUUGGGGUGUUCACAAAGCCACAGAAACUGAGGUGCUGGUGGCUCUGCCUGGCUGAGGAGUGACAACCAGGUCUGGUGUUGGCUGCCCCUCAUUUGGGUAUAUUCAGCUUCUCUUCAGCCCCAUGGGGUA